UUACUCCUUUCCUUUCUCUCCCACACAAAGAAUCAACAUGAGUUCUUUCUAUCUUCACAUUUUGUUUUCUUGGAAAGAGCUCCCGUGAAGCUCAUGUACUUGAAAGCGUAUGGGGAGGGGAAGCAAGAGAUCUGUGAAAGUGAAAGAAAUCACACGAUUUUGAUAAUAAAUGCAGCAGCAUGUUGCCUCUUGAGAUUCAGUUUAUUGCGGUGCUUUCUAACCUCACUUGUUUCUUGUGUGAAUUUUGUGUGAUUGUUUUUCUUUUUUUCUUUUUUUUUGGAAAUUAAUGACCCGGGCAUGCAAUGUUCUCACCUCUAGAUAAGAAAAUGAACAUUUUGGCGUUUUCAACAGAAAAGAUUGAAUUUUUAUGACUGAACGCAAAAUGGGUUCUUGAUUUUUUUUAAUUUUGUUGUUGUAUUUUUUGGAUAUGAGUAGCAAUGGUGAGAGGUUACUGGCCUGAAAUGACUAGCUACUAGUUAGUAUUAGUUCUGUUUUAAGAAUUUAUUCAUUGCUUGGUGAUUGGAUGUGGUCAUUAUUAUCCGUAUAGAAAAUGGAUAGAGACAGGAUAGUGACAAUACUAUAAAUGAGGUUUUGUUGUUGCUGAAUGCAUGCGGAUCAUGACCAAAAAGAUAGUCCGCAACAGGGUACUGAAUGAUGUGAAUGAUGGUACAAACAUUGGUGACCAUUUGAGGAAUCACAUACAUUUAACCAAUUGUAUUCAUCUGAAGAACCAUAUGCAUAAUAAGCAAAGCCCUAUAUUGUCUGAUCGGUCUGUCAUGAGGGAUCUUGCCAUCCUUCAGAGAUCAAGAUCCUUGAGGGAUCCUUCCGCAAGCCCCCCACCCUUGUGGCAGUCUCCUCCAGCCCUUGUAAGCAAUGGCAGACAUUCUGUUGGCACAGACUGCCCACAAUAUGAGGUUCAUAGAUCAUCUUCUUCUAAAGUUGCUUCAUCUGGUGGAGAUAAAAGACUAAAGAGUAAAGUUGAUAAAUACAGUAGUGGGAGUAGCAAGAGUAGUGGUAGUCAGGAACGGGCGAGAAGCGUUAGGAGAGAUAAGAGUAUCAAGCAAAGUGGAAGGCGCAUUCAAGAGGAUCGCAUGAUGACUCUCUCAGAGCAACUGCACUGUGAUGAGGUGGAUUCAUCCAGUCAGAAUCUUGCAACGGAAGCAAAUAUCCAUAGUACAUACUGUAACAGGAGAGUAAAACGGCAUCCCUUUCGAGGUUCCAGAAGAACCCGAGCUUCAGGUCCUCCCAGAGAUGCUUCUAAUUCUCUAGCUAAAUGUGUGAUUCAUAUGGCAGGGGAGGAAAGUGCAGAUAAAAGAAUCACCAGGGCCCCUAGGAAUGGAUGUGGAAUUCCUUUGAACUGGUCAAAAAUCCACGACAGAAGCAAAUCAUUUCUGGACAUGGCUGGGAAGAGCUUCUCUUGUGGUUUGUCGGAGUCAAUGUUAAAGAAAGAUAAAGACAUUGCAGCUAUUCAUGUAUCAUCUGAGUACACAGAUUCUUCUUCCGGUAAGUCUACGGAGGCAUUGCCUUUACUAUUUGAUGAUGAUGCUUCUUCGGUCUCUCUGGGAAGUAAAGACAACAACGUUGCUUGGGCUCAUGAUUAUUCGGGAGAUUUGGGUGACUUUGCUGAUGAUCUACUGAUGAAACACAAAACUGUAAGGCACCAAAGUCUUACCCAGAAAUAUAUGCCUAGGACCUUUAGAGAUCUGGUGGGCCAGCAUUUGGUCACACAAGCCCUUUCCAAUGCAGUUUCCAAGAGCAAGGUGGGGUUACUUUAUGCCUUCUAUGGGCCCCAUGGCACCGGGAAAACUUCAUGCGCCCGCGUAUUUGCUAAGGCUUUAAAUUGCCAAUCUCCGGAACAUUCCAAGCCUUGCGAGAUUUGCAACUCGUGCAUUGCUUAUGAUACGGGGAAGAAGAAGAGUUAUCAUAACAACAUAAAGGAUCUUCUUGACAGUAUGAUAAUUGCUGCUCAUCUUCCAUCCCGGUACAGAGUGUUUAUUUUUGAUGAUUGUGAUGCUUUGUCCGCUGAUAGUUGGUGUGCUAUUAUAAAGGCUAUUGAUUGUGCACCGAGGCGUUUUGUUGUUAUCCUCAUUUGUUCAAGCCUUGAUGUGUUGCCUCAUAUGAUCAUAUCAAGGUGCCACAAGUUUUUUUUCCCAAAGUUGAAGGAUGCAGAUGUAAUUUAUGCAUUGCAGUGGAUUGCAACCAAAGAAGGUCUAGAAAUCGACAAGGAUGCACUUAAGCUUAUAGCCACAAGAUCAGAUGGAUCUUUGAGGGAUGCUGAGAUGACCCUGGAGCAGUUGAGCUUGCUCGGGCUGAGAAUCUCUGUUCCUUUGGUCCAAGAACUGGUUGGGCUUAUUUCUGAUGAGAAGUUAGUAGAUCUACUGGACUUGGCAUUAUCGGCAGACACAGCAAAUACGGUGAGAAAUUUGAGAGAGAUAAUGGAGUCUGGGGUUGAGCCUUUGGCUUUAAUGUCACAACUUGCUACGGUCAUUACUGAUAUUCUUGCUGGAAGCUAUGAUUUCACUAAAGACAGUCACACAAGGAAGUUUUUCCGGUAUCAAGCAUUAUCUAAAGAAGACAUGGAAAGAUUACGUCAGGCCCUUAAAACAUUAUCCGAAGCAGAAAAACAGCUCAGAACAUCAAAGGACCAACUUACCUGGCUUACAGCUGCUUUACUGCAGCUUGCUCCUGACCAACAGGACAUCUUACCCAGUUCUUCUGCAGCUACUAGCCUAAACGAAAGCCCCGCAAAUGUAAAUUAUGCCAGUAUAAGGGAAAUACCCAGAAAAAGUAAUGGUGAACGUAUCGAGAUUCUUCCGGGAGAACGAGGAUUGUCAACAAAUAUUAGGGAGGAGAGAUAUCAAGUUAAAAUACAGGAUGACACUGAAGAAAUUUGGGUGGCUGUGCUAAAAAAGAUUCGUAUUGAUAGCUUAAGACAAUUCUUGUAUCAGGAAGCAAAGUUGGUCUCUGUUCGUUCUGGAACAGCUCCCACGGUGCAACUAAUGUUCAGCUCUCACACAACAAAAAAUAGGGCGGAAAAAUUUAGAGUACAUAUAUUACAAGCUUUUGAGUCUAUUAUUGGAUCCCCUGUGACGAUUGAAAUCAGAGUUGACAUCUCAAGAGAUGAUGAUACAAGGGCAGGGCCAGUUGCCAUGCAUGCAUCUCAGGAUGAUUUAGAAGAGAGUGAGGUUAUUAAUGAACAUGUUGAAAAUGUCCGAUUCAAUAGGCGGAGUUCAGAAAAUGAUAUUGUUGAAGGGAUAAGUUCCGUUUCAGAUGUAAGAAAAAGGGGAGAUGGAAAUCAGAAUCUGAGACUGGUGAGAGGAAAGCCUUCUGUUGCUCAGCAAGAGGAAGGAAGUUCUCAAGAGAGUGGAUGGUCUAAACAGAAGGCUGUUUCUAUUGCUGAAAAGCUUGAACAAGAGAAUCUGAGACUGGAACCAAGAUCGCGAAGCUUGCUUUGCUGGAAGGCCACACCACUUUCACGCCGACAGCUGUCACACUUUAGAUGUAGAAGUCGGAAGCCAAAAGGUUUACUGAAAUUGGUCUCAUGUGGGAAAUGCCUCUCUGGUAGGUCUCCAAGGCAAUGCUAGAAAAUCACGGUGCCAGAUUCAUACGCAGGUUUCAAUUGUAUUUCAUUGAUUCAUUAAUGCCCUUCCAUUCUGAGAAGUUAAGUUCCUUCUGUUAAUAGUUUUUCUCACUGAUAAUAACAUAGAAGGAUUAACUUAGAGCAGCAUUAAAGCUUGUAUUAGUUAGUUUUAACUUGUAGGGCUACCCCGGCUACCUCGAGAAACAAAUUUAUUGUCAGUUU